AUGGUAUUGGUGCAUGUGCACUUUAUAUUUACGUCAAUAUUACCUGGACUACCUGGAAUGGUCAGACUAUCAAACGUUUGUAACGUUGCUGGCCAAAAUGCUCGCGUUUCCGUUCGUACUGUUUUAGCCUUGAUUGACGCCAUCCCGCUGGAUAGGCGAGCAGGCUGA